AUGGACCGGACACGGUCUAUCGUUCACCACGACCUUGUGACCGAUCUGAUACAGCAACUACUAAAGCAUAAUGGCAACACCUAUUUGAUUAUCUGUGGGACUCGAUCCGAAUUCCUUGUGCAAGUAUCAGCAGCAAUCCACUUGCAAUCAGUACCAGAAGCUACGCGACGCCAUGAUCUGCUCGCUAAUACAAUUGGCCUUCUUGCAAACUCGAGUAAAGUCCGGCUUACAUUUACUCCGUCUUUGGAGAGUCUGAGAUCUUACCUCGCUACCCUGGAUGCAAAGAUCGGAGUAAAGGAAGAAGUGCACAAAGGUUCUACUUCACCGUUACUUGUUAUUCUGGAUCUGGUAGCCUUACAUGGUUCUACUAUGGAGUUUGCUGCACAGGGUCUUUCGCGGACAUUCGCGGCUGCUGUUGAGUCGGCAUAUCGCGCAGAUAUGGAUCUUGUUCUUUGUGAAUGUUUGAAUGCUGUGGAUCCAUCUAGUGCUGACUGGGGAAGAAGACUUUGGAAUACACAAGUCCCUUUGCUAAAUGGGUCGUUGCGAAUUCGCAGUGAAGAAGGCAAUUGGGGUGGACGUGGAAUAUCCAUCAAACAAAUCGCGCAGCGUUGGUUUACAUUUGAUAAAGAAAUUGAUGCUCACUGA